AUGAAUGUGAAUUUCAGGUACAAUCGUCGUACUAAUAACAUAUUUCGUCGUCUUGGAAUGCCUGGUCCAGCACCAAUUCCUUUUUUUGGUGACAUUUUUAGUAUCAUACAUAAAGGUUUGAAUAAAUAUGAUAUGGAUCUUAUUCAAAAAUAUGGUAAAGUCAUCGGACUGUCCGAUGGAAAAGAGCCAACGAUUCUUGUAAGUGAUCCAGAUCUUCUUCGAAAUGUACUUAUUAAAGAUUCACAUUUAUUUAUCAAUCGAUACGUAAUUCGUGGUAUAUCAGGUCCAUUUGAACAUGGACUUUUAACAUUACAAGAUGAAGAAUGGAAAAAUGCUCGAACUAUUGUAUCACCAACUUUUUCCACAGCAAAACUCAAAUCAAUGUACAAUCUUAUGGAUGAAGUUAGUGAUAUGUAUAAUAAACGUCUUCUCGACUAUGCAGAUAAACAAGAAAUAUUUGAUGUUAAAGUACUCAAUGGUCAAUAUACACUUGAUAAUAUUGCUACUUGUUUAUUUGGUGUUGAAACUAAUUCAUUACAAAACGAAAAUGUCAUUUUGAUCAAUCAUUUAAAAAAAUUCUUUACGGUCGAUUUUGUAAAGACAUCUAUUUCAAUUCUAAUCGUUUUAAUUUCUACUCGAUUGGCAAGUUAUUUAAGCAAAAAGGGUUAUUCAUUUUUACCAUCUGAUGCUGUUGAUUAUACAAGUUGUUUAGUAAAUCAAAUACUAAGUCGUCGUCGACAACAUUUGGAAAGACGGAAUGAUUUUAUUCAAAUUAUGGUUGAUCAUGAAGAAGAAAUGAAAUGUCAAGAACAAGAGAAAACCCUGACGAAGAGUAUACAUACAUUGAAUGAUAAAGAAAUAGUUGGUCAAGCUCUUGUCUUUAUGGUUGCUGGUUACGAAACUACAAGUGUAUUGAUGUCAUUCUUUUUCUAUGUCAUGUCAACAGAACCAAUUAUUCAGGAAAAAAUUUAUGAAGAAAUUCGAAAUGAAAUUGGUGAUAAUAAAAUUACUCAUGAAAAUCUUCAUCAACUUCGAUAUUUGGAUAUGGUUAUUAGCGAAACACUUCGUAUGUAUCCACCAUUUAUCAGAUUUGAUCGUGUUGCUUCGGAAGAUUAUCAACUUGGUAACUAUCAUAUACCAAAAGGAUCAAUUAUUCAUAUACCAGUGUAUCCUAUUCAUCAUGAUUCUAAAGUUUGGCCUGAUCCAGACAAGUUCAUUCCUGAAAGAUUUACAUCAACAGAAAAAGCGAAACGACAUCCAAUGACUUAUUUGGCUUUCGGUGCUGGACCUCGAAACUGUAUUGGCAUGCGAUUUGCAUUAUUAGAAGCUAAACUUGGAAUUGCUAAAGCCUUGCGUUUGAUUGAAAUACAGAAAUGUGAAAAAACAGAAGUUCCACUUCAAUUGAGCAAAUUCGUAAAUUUAAAUAGUACAAAUGGUAUUUGGGUUCGUGUCGUUCGUCGAUCUGAAUGA